UCAAACUCUAGUCACAAAGCCCACAUCGUAUCAAAGCCCAAAUUCUAACUCCUCCUCUCUUUUCCGUUCCACAGUGGAGAAGAGAUCUUGGCAUUUGAGAAAGUCUCCUCUUCCUUCCAAACCAAAACCCCAUAUUUAAAUCCCAGGGCCAGUGGGAGUCUUUAGGGUUAGGAUUUCAGAUCCAAUCAAGUCCCAAAUUUCUCUGUGAAAAAUGGGACUUUCAGAAGGGGUGGUGAAGAAGGUGCUCCUCUCCUACGCCUACGUCGCCAUAUGGAUCUUCCUCAGCUUCACCGUGAUUGUUUACAACAAGUAUAUCCUCGAUCACAAGAUGUACAAUUGGCCCUUCCCAAUUUCGCUCACCAUGAUCCAUAUGGGCUUCUGCUCAUCCCUGGCUUACCUCCUUGUCCGCGUCUUCAAGCUCGUCGAGCCUGUCUCCAUGUCACGUGACCUCUACCUCAAGUCUGUCGUGCCCAUCGGAGCCCUGUACGCCCUCUCGCUCUGGUUCUCAAACUCCGCCUACAUAUUCCUCUCCGUCUCCUUCAUCCAAAUGCUCAAAGCCCUGAUGCCCGUUGCUGUUUAUUCAAUUGGGGUUGUGUUCAAGAAGGACCCUUUCAAAAGUGACACUAUGCUCAACAUGGUUUCGAUCUCUGUUGGUGUCGCCAUCGCCGCUUAUGGAGAAGCCAAAUUCAAUAGUUGGGGAGUGGCGUUGCAGCUUUUAGCUGUGGCUUUUGAGGCCACGAGGUUGGUUCUUAUUCAGAUUCUGCUUAAUGCUAAGGGUAUUAGUUUGAACCCCAUUACUUCACUUUACUAUGUUGCGCCAUGUUGCUUUGUGUUCUUGUGCGUACCCUGGGUUAUUGUUGAGUUGCCAGUGUUGAGGGAGACCUCCAGUUUUCAUUUCGAUUUCGUCAUUUUCGGGACCAAUUCGGUGUGUGCGUUUGCUCUGAAUCUUGCCGUGUUUCUGUUGGUGGGAAAGACCUCUGCUUUGACUAUGAAUGUUGCUGGGGUUGUCAAAGAUUGGCUUUUGAUUGCGUUUUCGUGGUCCGUGAUUAAGGAUACGGUGACACCUGUGAAUUUGAUCGGAUAUCUGAUCGCUUUCCUCGGGGUUGCCUAUUACAAUCAUGCCAAAUUGCAGGCACUUAAGGCCCUAGAGGCGCAGAGGAAGUCUCAGCAGGAUAAUUUGGAGGCCGGGAGGUUAUUGGAGGAGAGAGAUGGAGAAGGGACUGGAAAGAAGAAUGAAACCCAGGAUUGAUUUGCUAAUGGGUAACUUCAACAUUGUAUCUGAUAAAAAGGAAAUAUCCGAUAAAGAAGGAAGUAGAGAAUUACAUUGAAGAAAAUUGAGAAAGAACAACGGGAAGCCCUAUGUAUCAAUUGGGUUAUUGAUUGUUUAGACUUGAGCAUCUAUUGUUCUGGUUAUGUGGUGUUAGAUGAUUAUCUGUUACUCACUCUUUGUUCUUAGUCAUUUUUGGUUUUAUAUCUAAUAGUUCAAUUUAGCAGUGGUCAUCCUUACCAAAUGUUUGAGACUCGUAAUUAGUUUACAAAGAGAGCUUGAAGUCAUUGAGCAUAUUUAUUCAUAUGCUUUUUCUUACUGUAUUAUGUACUCUUUAUCUAUAUCGACUGGGUUCCUUCUUGUAUUUUACUUCUAAUGUUUACAUGUCGUCGCUGUUCUUUUUCUA